AUGUCUCGCACUGAAUCAGGCAGCUUCAAGCCCGUCGAAGAGGCUCAAAGGCAGGAUCUUCCAGGUUUGGAGAAGGACAUGAAGCCAUCGAGUGAACCAACAGCUCUCGAGGGAAAACAUAAACACCACGAAUAUCUAGCAGCCGGAAAACUCAAGGGCAACAAAGCGCUAAUUACCGGCGGAGAUUCCGGCAUCGGUCGUUCCAUCGCGGUGCUCUUCGCCCGCGAAGGCUCAGACGUAACCAUCGUCUACCUCCUCGAAGAAGAGGAAGACGCCCAAGAAACCAAGAAAAUGGUCGAAAACGAAGGAAAGCAAUGCCUCCUCAUCCCAGGCAACCUGAUGGAUAACGAAACGUGUCGCAAGGCCGUCGAGCAGCACAUGCAAAAGUUUGGCGCCCUCCACGUCCUCGUCAACAACGCUUCGAAGCAGGUCAUGUGCGACGACAUUAGUAAAAUCGACCUUGAUCUAGUGGAAAGCACUUUUAGGAGCAAUAUUUUGCAAAUGUUUGCUGUUACAAAGUAUGCUGUGCCGCAUAUGGAGAAAGGUGGUUCCAUCAUCAACACAACUUCAACCGUUGGAUUCCGAGGCACAGCUUCAAUGGUUGAUUACGCAUCUACAAAGGGUGCAAUUACUUCGUUUACACAGUCUCUAGCAAAGCAGCUCAUGCCAAAGGGCAUCCGUGUCAACGCCGUUGCACCUGGCCCUGUCCAUACGCCUCUGCAGCCAUCCUCACGCCCUGCUGAGCAAAUGGAGGGUUUUGGGGCAAAAUCUGGCAUUGGAAGACCUGGCCAGCCGAGCGAAAUCGCCCCUAGCUUCAUCUUUCUCGCUUCUAAGGAUGCCGAGCUGUAUUACGGGCAGGUUCUGCACGCAUAUCCGCUUGGUGAUUAA